AUUGGGACUCCCAAAUUUUAACAAGUGUGUAUGUAGCUCUUUGCUUUCCUAUGCAAUCAUUGUAGGCGCCAGCGGCACAGGCAGCACUGGCGGUGUCACUUUUUGACGAGCACAAUAGAUCGCAAGACUCCUCUUAAGUUCCUUGCCACAUACCACUCUCGCCAUACAACUAAGCAAACUUAACCCAUUCACCAGCUUCUCCAGCAUCAACUCAGCUGCUGCAGUGAGGUGACGCCACGCCCACCACAGCCCACCGGACCUAAACAUUUGCCGCACGCAAGUGAUCAAUCACACUCUUUUGGUUUUUCUGAUUCGUGGUUCACUUCUCAGCGCAUACUACACACAUCACAUCUGAACCGCUAAUUGCGUGACCGUCGCGGUCACAGCGUCGCCAUGUCGUCCAACAGUGUACCAACUGCGCCGACCGCCCACAAUGUUGCUGCUUUACUGCCCAAGUUGCAAGAUGCUGACUCCGAUAUCCGCUAUAUGACUCUGAACGAUCUCAGCCAGAUGUUCACGAAUGGAAAUGCCACUUUCAUGGCCCAUGACUACGCUGUCUGUGCUAAGGUUGUUGAAGGUCUGUUGCAUACUCUGAAUGACACAAACGGCGAGGUACAGAACAUGGCCAUUCAAUGUCUCGGCCCCUUCGUGAACAAAGCACCCGAGAGUGUCCUCUGUCCUACAAUUGAGAAGAUCAGCACCAUCAAGACCGAGAACACGAUCGACAAUUCGAUACCCGCCAUUGCAGUGCGGGCCAUCGUUGUUGCACUGCCACAUCCCGUACCCGGUGUGCCUCACAGCCAGAAAGUGCUCGAAUCAUACAGCGCCAUUUCGCGAGCCUUGAUACCACGCCUAGUCGGCCGCAUAGUGACUCCAGUUGCAGGAGCAAAGCCAGUGCCUGCGACGUCCAAGGGUAUGCUUCAGCAUGAACUAGACACCGGGAGCGACAGCAGCAGCCUGGAUCUCUUGUCCGAAGUGGCACGAUGCUUCGGACCAAUGCUACAAGAGGCGGAGGUGGGUGCGCUUGAAAACAUCACAAUGCAAAUUUUGGAGAGCAGUAGAUGUGGGUCAGUGGUGAAAAAGAAGGCUGUGGCAUCGCUUUCAGCCUUGUCCUUAUACUUCAGCGAUGAGCUACUUGCCAAGCACAUCAGCUACACAAUCGAACAAUUAAGACAGCCGCAUCUCACGCAGCAGCAGCGCAAGUUGUACCUCACCAUGUAUGGUAGCCUGGCGAAAAGCAUCCCGCAAAAUUUCGGACCGUAUCUCAAGACCUUGACACCAUUCGUUCUUGCGCCAUUAAGCCAACAAGAAUUGGACGAUCAGGAGGAGGCACAGGUCGAAGCAGAUGGCGAGCGCGAUGUCGAAAUUGAGGAGGUACGAGAGGCUGCUUUGACUGCGACCGAGACAUUCUUGGAAGUAUGUUCCCACGAUAUGAAAGGUCAUCUCGACGACGUGCUUGAGUCGACGAUCAGAUUCCUCAGCUAUGACCCAAACGUGGCGGACGACGAGGAUGAGGAUAUGGACGAUGAGGAAGAAGACUUAUUCGACGGGGAAGAAGAUUUCGAAGAAGAGACUGGCUUUGAUGAUGAAGACGAUGUCAGCUGGAAAGUCCGGAGGUGCUCUGCCAAAGCACUUCAUGCUCUGGUGGGUGUUAUGAGCCCAACAGAUCCCGCCAUGUUUGAUCGGAUCGCACCAGCGCUCAUCUCGAGAUUCAAAGAGCGAGAAGAGAGUGUGAGAGGCGAGGUAAUCAGCGCGCUGGCAUUCUUGAUCAAUCGUACCGGAUCCAGCUUGGCGCUACAGCGGUCGCAGCAUGCAUCACCUCCGCAAAGCAGGAAGAGGAGGCGCGGGUUCAGCGAUUCCUUAGGCUCUGACCUUCAAGCUCAGCAGACCGUUAUGAACGGCUAUGCCUCACCGACGACGCCGCCGCCUAUGGACAGUUCAGGUCAAGGCCUUGCCAGGAUCAAUCCUGAUAUCGUCAAAGGGGCCGCUAAAUUGCUCAAGUCAAGCACACCAGCGACAAAACAAGUCGUUCUUGCACUACUCAAGGAUAUGGUGUCUGCGCAGCAAGGGGGUCUUUCGGCUCAUGUUGUACUUGUCAUCGAUCCUGUCAUCGAAGCAAUGAGCAGCAGCAGCAACGCUUCCAUCUCCAAUGUGGCUAAGAACGCUUUGCGAGUCGAAGCACUCUCCUUACUUCGCAUCAUUGCCGAAACACAUUCAGGCAAAGUGUUGCAGCCACAUCUAGAAAAGAUUGUACCGGCGCUUGUUUCGGCGGCCAAGGAUCGAUUCACUAGGGUGUCUGUGGAGGCCCUGACGACCAUUGAAGUCUUCGUCAAAGCGCUCACACCUCCUCGCUCCGCCGCUAGUAAAGGCCAAAACGGCGUCGUCAUCAAGCAAUUAUUCGAUGUGAUUGUUGAUAGAAUCUCUGCCUCAGACUCUGAUGCGGACGUCCGACAAAAAGCCAUUCAAGCUUUGGGCUUACUGAUUGGGCGCACGUCAAGUGCAGCCGGAUCGAGUCUCCUCCCUCAGGAAGACAGAUUUGCUGGUCAAAGGCUUUUAGCGGAUCGACUGAACAACGAGCUGACGCGACUUGCAUCAGUACGUGCCGUGGAUACAAUUGCGGUGCUCGCGACGAAUAAGGACAAUUUCCCGCCAGGAUGGGUGGACACCGUGGCUUUGAUCUUAUCGGCGCAGCUCCGUAAAGCUAGUCGCUCACUGCGUGGAGCCAGCCUGACGGCUCUACGUAUGCUUGCUGUCAACAAAGUAUCACGGACAUGCAUGAGCGAACGUGUUGUCGACGAGACGACAAGGAUGCUUGUGCCCUUGUUCGACGCUCGAGAGCUCGACUUGCACAUGGCUGGUCCUGCCUUGAUUGUUCUGGCAGCUUUUGCAGAUCAAUAUCCCCAACUGGUCGCUACACCCGAUGUCAUUAACGCCAUCUGUAUGAUACUCAAAUCAGCAGUAUCGGGGGGCACUCUUGAUGCUUUGAUCACCCUCGUAGAGGCUCUGGGUCGCGCGGGAGCAGGCAAGGAACUCAUGGCAACUCUGCUGCAAAUUGCGCCCCAAUGUGAUGCAGAUGUCACGGGGCAAGUCAUUGGCACCCUCCUGGUGUCUGGCGGGCAGAGCCUUGGCGUCUCUCUGGAGGCAUUCACGCAGGAACUGAAGACUCAGAAGGAAGAGUCAAGGCGAUGCCUAGCACUUUCUGUGCUCGGUGAAGCUGGUUUACGCCUGUCGACGACCUCUCCACUCACACCUGAGACAUUCACGGCAUACUUCAGUGAUCCCUCCGAGAAAGUGAAACUAGCUGCUGCUGUUGCACUUGGGCGCGCCGGAGCUGGCAACGUUACAGCGUAUCUUCCUGACAUCUUGGAAAAAAUGUCCAAGGGAAAGCAGUACCUACUCCUUCACUCUCUAAAAGAGCUCUUGCAGCACAGCAACGCCGAGGAUGAUAUUCGUCCUCAUACCAAAGCGUUGUGGGACAACAUCAUUGCUUCCGGACAAGCGGAAGACAACAAGGUUGUCGGUGCCGAAUGCAUCGGAAGGUUAGCCAUCAUCGAUCCAGCUGCGUACUUGCCUCAGUUGCAAGCAUAUUUGCAGAACCAAAACGCCACUAUACGAGGAAUGGUGAUCGCCUCGCUCCGAUACAUUUACUCUGAUACGGAUGCUGCGUACAAUCCCAAUCUGAAGUCGAGCAUCAUUCCUAUGCUGGCUACCAUGCUGGCUGACGGAGACCUCAACAAUCAGCGGCUUUCCCUCUCGACAUUCAACUCAGCACUUCACAACAAACUAGACUUAAUCUUGCCUCAGCUCCCAGAGCUACUCCCAUACGCCAUGCAGGCCACUCUGAUUCGUCCGGAGCUCGUGCGCGAAGUACAAAUGGGCCCGUUCAAGCACAAGAUCGAUGAUGGUCUUGAGAUUCGCAAGUCCGCAUAUGAGACUUUAUACGUACUGCUUGAUUCGGCAGCCACCCGUCAACGCUUAGACAUGCCAUCAUUCUUUAAUCGCAUCGUCGCUGGAGUGGGGGACGAGCACGAGAUAAAGAUCCUCUGCUGCCUGGUCUUGACCAAACUGCUUGCCAUCUCCCCCACAGAAUGCGCUCGACACCUAGAUGCUUUGGCGCAGCAUUUCCGAGCAGUCUUGUCAUUCAAGCCAAAGGACAACGCGGUCAAGCAGGAGCUUGAGAAGCUUGCCGAGCAGAACAAAGCGGUCGUGAAGGUCUCUGUGGCAUUCAACAAAGUCUUCGGCUCUGAGGAUAACAGGAACUGGAAAGAGUACUUCGACUGGGUUAGGAGUGUUCAUCCCAUGAUGCUCAGGGCGGCGGAGGAAGAAAUGCGAAGCGACGGUCGUUAGUAACAACUGUACCAAUCCAUUUCUGCUUCAGGUCCUUCCCUACUUGGCUCUGAUCAGCUACAACAUUUGCCGACAGAGGUGAGCACCCUAAGUCUAUGUCAUUUCAACCAUCUUUCAUGAGGAGCAUUUCUGCAGAAGAUGUUUCGCUUGUGUGUGUCGUGAAGUCAAAUCGCAGUGAAUAGUAGACUUUGUCCGAAAUGUCUGCCAUGUUCGAUGGAAUAGCGUCCGCUUCCGAGGACGUAAGAGCAUUUGCGGGCCAAAGGACGGACCUGACAUUUCUAACGUCCUCGUGGUGCUGCAACAGAUACGUAGAGCUGCAAAACACGACUUUUCUAUCCC